UACCUCGUCGGGGCAUUGAACAGAAUGAAGCUAUAAAAGGCCUCCCUCUCUCUCUCUCUCACCCUCUCCCCACAUCUGUCACCUCGCUGACGCUCGCUCUCUCUCUCUCUCUCUCUCUCUGCCGCUCCUUGGAGAUCAUGACGGUCAUCGUCCCCGAGCCGGUUCUUGAGGAGAACCACAACUCGGUGGAAGAACAGCAAAAGGAUGGCGGAGCUUUGGAUCUCGACGGAGAAUUUGUAGUGCCCGGCAGCAACGCUUUUGGUCACUCCUUCAGGGACUAUGAGAAAGAGACCGCAAGAAGAGCAACAGUGGAGGAGUUCUACCGUGUCAACCACAUCUACCAAACAUACGAUUUCGCCAAGAGGAAGAAGGAAGAGUAUGGGAAGCUGCAGAAGGGGGAGAUGAGCAUAUGGGAAUGCGUGGAGCUUCUCAAUGAGUUCGUCGACGAGAGCGAUCCAGACCUUGAUGAGCCCCAGAUCGAACACCUUCUUCAAUCCGCCGAGGCCAUCCGCCGAGACUACCCAGAUCAAGACUGGCUUCACCUCACUGCUCUCAUCCAUGAUCUGGGCAAAGUACUGCUGCACCCUACUUUUGGUGGAGAGCCCCAAUGGUGUGUGGUUGGGGAUACGUUUCCCUUGGGCUGUGCAUUCGACGAAUCCAUCGUUCACCAUCGGUAUUUUAAGGAGAACCCAGAUUACAACAACUCACUGUUCCGCACGAGAUUGGGAGUGUACACAGAGAACUGCGGGCUCGACAAGGUCACCAUGUCUUGGGGCCACGAUGAGUACAUGUACCUGGUGAUGAAGGGGAAUGAGACGAAGCUUCCCCCUGCAGCACUCUUCAUCGUGCGCUUCCACUCCUUCUAUGCCUUGCACCAUUCUGUUGCGUACACCUACCUCAUGAACGAGGAUGACCGAGAGAUGCUCAAGUGGCUUCUGGUCUUCAACAAGUACGAUCUCUACAGCAAGAGCAAGGUGAAGAUAGAUCUGGAGGAAGUGAAACCAUACUAUCUGUCUCUUAUUGGGAAGUACUUCCCGGAAAAGCUGAGAUGGUGAAUGGCGAUGGCAGUAGUAAGACACCGUAAAGUUGCGUCGGGGAUGAAUAAAGCUACUUCUGGUGCUACCACUGUAGCCUCCGUUAGGGCUGUAGUCUUGUUUAAGGAAUCCUAGUAAUGGUCGGUCCAUGUAUCGCGUGCUGUAUGUUAUCUAUUUAAAUGAAUAAUUAAACCACAAUGAUCGAGCUACAAA